AUGGUGCAAAUCGAUCCAGCAGCGAUGACUGCUUUCUGGGAGCAAGAGGUCCAGAUGCGCAUCGUGCAGGAUAUACGGGACCAACUGGAACUUGAUGGCUUGACAACAUUCGAGAGUUUUGCCGACUACACCAAGGAUGACGUAUCGGCCAUGAGGAAGCGAAUCAGCUACAUUCAAAACAUCCCUCAUUUUGGUCAAGAUUCGUUCAAACGCCUUGGACAAGGCCGAAAAGCCUACUUUGCCCUUAUCAAAACCUAUCUCGGUGAUGACAAGUGGCUAUCAGAGAUCACUAAGUAUGAUAACAUGAUGCGCAACGCAAAGUGGAAAGGAGCUGGUAACUUGACAGUCGAGGCAUACAUUGCUGUGCACCGCAAUGCAUACCAACACCUCGUUUCUGCGUCAGAACAUGUUGCAUACCAGUUGCCUAACCAACAGACGCGUGUCAAACAACUACUUGAUGGAAUUCUUUCCAGUGAUGCUCGAUUGAAUGCGGCAAUUGCAAUGGUCCAAGCUAGCAACGUAAUGAUUGCUGAUUUUGAAUUGGCUUCGGCCCAUAUUCAGCCUCAUUGCCCGGUUGCCAAGCGAAACCUAGGAGGCAAGCGCCAGAGUGCAGAAAUUUCUGCUCUUGAGGUUGACACUGGUGAUGUUGACAUUGCAUCUGUGGGAGUUGGAGGAGGUAAAGGCCAGCGUACCGGCCUCCAUCUUCGCUUCCACACCCUACCAGAGUACCAGAAACUUGGAAACGACGAGAGAAAGGAACUUGCGGAGUGGCGACUGACUCCAGCUGGCAAAGCAGCCCAAGCCGCAGGCAUCCUGCUAAGAGAUAGCAAGAAGCAGAGUGGAAAGGGAUCCCCCAAGAAAGGGAAGAUAAGCUAUGCCAAAGUGUCGGCUAACGUGAAAGUCAAUGUCAAAGACUGA